AUGGCGCUUCAGAACAAUCUUGACGUUGAGGUGAUCGAAACCAAUCGCCACAUUUGGAAUAAAGAUGGUCCUGCACUACCAUCAGGCAUCAUCUGUUUCUAUACAGAUUAUUCAAAAAUAGAAUCCAACACUGGCUCCGGAGUCUACGGGCCCGGUGUUAAGGAAACUAUUCCAAUGGGUGUAUGGCACACCGUGUUUUUCAAGCAGAAGCACGCAAAAAUCGGCAUAUUCUCGGACAGUCAAGCUGCACUAUUGGCACUGAGGUCCACCAAAUGCGCGUCCAAAUUAGUUUGGGAGUGCAGCUCAGCUUUACGAGAGGUAUCCCGGCAGAAUCAAGUUCUACUGUACUGGGUACCUGGACACUGUGGCAUCGAGGGCAAUGAAAUCGCCGACUGCCUCACAAAGCAAGGAUCAGCACAGCAAUUCAUUGGACCUGAGCCUUUUCCAGGCACCUUGAAAUCCACCGUCAAGCGCGAACAUAAACCAUGGGAAACGCUAGAAAUAGCUAACCGAUGGAACAAUACACAGGGUUGCAGACAAGCUAAACAGUUAAUCUCUCCAAGCCCUGCUAUAACCAAGAGGCUUCUCGAUCUCAAGCGUGGUGAGCUCAUUCUCUACACGGGAGUUGUUAGCGGACACUGUCCUGAUCAUUAUCACCUAAAGAACAUCGGAAUUGUCGGAUGUGAUAACUGCCGCUUCUGCAACCUUGCAGUUGAAACGUCCGCUCACCUGCUUCGUCAUUGUGAAGCCCUUGGAUUUGCAAGAAACUAUUUCUUCGGACGCUAA